AUGGGUCCUAAGCCUCCUUGCCCUCGCACUUUGAAGGCUGUUUAUGCAGAUAUCCACGAUGGCGACAAGAAGGAGGUCACAAUCUCUGACAGUGUGUUGACCAUCAGGCCAAGUGGCAAUAAUCAGACAUGGGUCGUCGAGGCCCAUCUGGACCGCGACACGUGCAGUGGGUCGGCAGAUUUCAAUGUACCUGGCAAGCCGAGCCCGCCGCCUGUGAACAUUACAGUGUCUCUCUGGUAUUCAGCGAACUAUUCCGACUACAAAACAGAGUGGGAGUUCACAGAUCCAAGUGGCACAUUGGCUCCACGUAAUUUCCCAUUGAACAGGUGGGUGCAGUUAAAGUGGCAAACGAAGCCAUUCAAAGCGAAAUGCCUUGGGUACAGCAACGCUUACCAGGGAGUGUUUGCCGACAUGCACGACGGUGACAAGAAGGAAGUCACCAUAUCCCACACGUCUGUGUCAAUUAAGCCACGUGGGAACAACCAGACAUGGGUUGUGAACACUCAGUUGGACACAGAGUCGUGCACUGCGAAUGUCGAUUUCAAUGUGCCAGGCAAGCCAAAUCCUCCGCCAGUGAACCUUCUAGUUUCGUUCCUUCACAAUCACGCCCCAACUGGCUUGUUCAAGUACGAGGCAGAGUUCACAGACCCCAGCGGGACCCUGGCGCCAGCCGACUUCCCACUGAACCAUUGGGUCGAGCUCGAAUAG